AUGUUAACUGUUAAACGUGGCCUAUAUCAUACAAAAGAUUUUCAUUCGCAAGCAAGGGAAAAAUUAGCAUCUCGAGAACAAAAACGUCAAACACUAUUAGAUAUAUUAAAAAAUGAUUUUGUUCUUCCGUCUAAAGAAAUACAUGAUCAAAUAUAUAAAUUAACAGCUACACAGCUGUUAGAAGGUUUUAAAACAAAUUUAUUCACAUAUAGCGACGUUGUUCAUCUAUUUUGUUUGCGUGCAUUAAACAUUGGAAUAAAAAUAAAUGCCAUUACCGAAGAAUUCUAUGAUGAUGCUAUUAAGAAAGCCAAAGAAUUUGACAAAGAAAAAGAUUUGGCGAUGUACAAGACUGACGAUCAAUUGUUAUUAUUAGGCGUUCCAAUUAGUGUAAAAGAUCAAAUACACCAGAUAGGAGCUGAUAGUUCAAUGGGUUUGACAGCAAGAAACUUUAAGCCAUCUCACCAAAAUAGUCUCGUAUUGCAAUUACUUAUUGAUCAAGGAGCGAUUCCAUUCGUACGAACAAAUACAAUUCAAUCAAUGAUGUUACCCGAAACCGAUAAUUUAACAUAUGGACGAACGGACAAUCCAUGGGAUGUUGAUCGAUCAUGUGGUGGGUCUUCUGGUGGUGAGGGCGCUCUGUUAGCUGCUAGAGGUUCAGUACUAGGUAUUGGGACUGAUUUAGGAGGUUCAAUUCGGAUUCCAGCUCAUUUUUGCGGUGUGUAUGGUUUCAAACCAACGCCAGGCCGAAUUACAGAUUUAGGGGUCGCUAAACCUCACCUGAAAGAUGUAAUAGGAGAAGGAAAUAUUCGUGGUAGUGUUGGACCAUUAGGACAUUCUACAGAUGAUCUUGUCCUCGUUAUGAAAUCAUUUUUGAAACCGAAAAUGUGGCACAACGAUAAACAUUUAGUUGAGUUACCAUGGAAUGAUGAGAAAUAUCGUGAUCGUAACACAAAACUUCGUAUUGGUUAUUAUACCACAGAUGAUUGGUUUAAAGCUUCACCAGCUUGCAUUCGUGCGGUUCUUCAAGCUGCAGAGGCUCUCAAACAAUUAGGUCAUACAGUUAUUGAAUUUAAACCUAAAAAUAUCUCGGAAGCUAUGCGAAUUUACAUUUCUAUCUUGUCCUCUGAUGGAUUAAAACAUUUUCUUAAAGGUUUAGAAGGUGAAAAAUUAAAUAAUCUUUAUUCGAAUUUACUUCUUGCAUCUAAAAUUCCCAAUUCAUUACGUCCACUAGUGUGUACAAUACUCAACCUGAUUGGCGAAUCUCGUGUUGCUUUGAUUGUUCAAAGUGUUGGUGCUAAAAAGGCGUAUGAUUACAUCGAACUUAUACGUGAUAUGAAAUUCUUUGUUGAUCAUUGGGUAACAGAUAUGAAAAAUCAUAAUAUUGAUUUGAUUUUAUCACCAGUGAAUGGUCUGUAA